AUGACUACGGAAGAAGCAAGAGCAAUUAGCUUGAAGGCCUUGGUGGAUAAAGAGAACAACAGAGUUAUAUUUGUGGAAUCAGAUGAGGACUUUACUGACGUUCUCUUUAGCUUCUUGACAAUGCCCAUGGGAACAAUCAUCAGGCUUAUUUCUAAUCAUAAUCAACCACCAACAGUGGGGAUGGGUUGCAUGAACAAUUUGUAUGAAAGCAUUAAGAACCUUGACAUGCAGCGUUUCCGGACUGAAGCAUGCAAGACCAUGUUGCUAUGCCCCAGAAAUUGCGCUGCACCUCAGAACAAGAGACUAAAAUUGCAAAUUGACGAUGGUGAGCAGCCGAGGUACUUCUUGUGCACUACGGAUUGUACCCUUUUCGGGCACAAACUGAGUCUCUACCCUAAUGCUGUUUGUGAAUGUGGACAGCUCAUGGAUACGACGAUUGAGUUGUCAGAGAAGACUGUUUUUGAUGCUCGAGAUAGAGGAGUGUUUGUUAAAGGACUGAACCAAUUUAUAAUAAUUGAUGAAUUACAAGUAAAGCCCUCAUCAAUAGAAGCAAGCCUUUCUGUAGUGUCUAAGCUAGGACUCAUGGACAGUAGCACCAUUGAGGAGUACAACAUCGACAUAGGAGUAGAUGAGGUUCUCACUUUGCUCAAGUGCUCUCUAGUGUCAAAGAAACCUUUGACAGAAACUUUGUUGAAACAAAACUCAGCACCAAAGUUCAGCAAAAAAGAUUUUGAUCAGAAUAUCAAUGUUGAAUCUACUGUAGAAGAACCAAAAUCAAAUGUGGAUGGGAAGAUUCAUGUAAAGCUUAUCAUCAGCAAAUCCAGGAAAAUGGUUUGGUAUGCCGAAGCAAGUGAAGAAUUUGUUAAUUUAGUCUCCAGUUUCCUAACUGUUCCACUUGGCUAUAUAAUAAGAGAAAUGCAGAGUGGCAUUUCCAAAGGAUCCUUAACUCACCUGUACAAUAGUGUUAAGGAACUCGAUACUGAGAAAUACUUGAAAUCUAACGAGCACAAGAAAAUGCUCAUCAAUUAUGGUAGUAGGUCUUAUGCUGUAAGUUUUGAACUGACUUCUGAUGGUCAAAUUCCUUCUGGAUAUAAUCGGAGAAGUUCAAUUUUAACUGUCAAGGAUCCUAAGUCUCAUUUUAAAGAAGCCACAAGAGGAGGAUUUGUGACUGGACCAAGAAUGUUUACCGUAACUGACAAUCUGAUCAUCACACCCAUAUCUCAAGUCCAAAGUCUGUCUCCUCUGACCAAAUUGAAGGUACCUUUCAGCGAUAUUGAGGAGCGUGUUGUGAAUGUGGGCAGUGAGACGGUUUUACGUCUAUUGGUGGCAUCUUUUGUAUCUGAAUCUGCUCUGACUAAUACCUUUAUGAGAGAGCCAAAUCCAAUACAGUCAGGAUAA